UCGAAAUCUUUUUAAGAAGCGAUCAGUUACUUUUUAUAUUACAGUAGUAAAAUAAGUCAUCGUGUAUUAAAAUCGGACGUGAAAUCUAGUUUUUACGCAAUAGAGCCCGUCGGAUUUUACAAUAUUUUGUAGGCUGCGUUAUCAAUGUUAUUUUGGUGACAAUGAGCACUAUUUUUGAUAGACUAGGCCUACAUUUUUAAAAAUGUCUUUAACAAUUCAACAAAUCCUGCAAGACGCCAAAAAACUGUCCAGCAAAUUGAAGGAACACGAUUCGGCAGCUGAUGUGAUCCUUUCACAGACUCAGUCUGUUUAUAAAAAGAUUGAUGCAAUGAAACAGUACAAGGAUGAGGUGGGAGAGCUGAAUGAGGCUGCAAGACAACGGCCACACUCCAUCCUCAUUGCUGGCAUCCAACAGGAGAACAGACAUCUGCGGGAACUACAGCAGGAGAACCGUGAGUUGCGAGCUGCAUUAGAGGAACACCAGAAUGCCCUGGAGCUCAUCAUGAGCAAGUACCGACAACAGAUGACUCAUCUAGUCAACAUGAGUCGUCAGGACUAUCAAUCUCUCUACAAUCAACAGUACACUCAUGUGAUUGAAAAACAAGCUGACAAAAUUAGUGAGAUGGCUGCUGUUAUGAAGAUGGCUGCUAGGGUUGACGAUGACAACGGGGAUAAAGAUGAGGCAAAGAUUGUCCAGUUGACAACAGAAAACAAGGGUCUAAGAGAGCUUCUUGACAUCUCAGUGAAAUUUGGUUCAACGGCAAAUGAAGAAGAAAGAGAAGAAGAAGAACCCCUAGACACAGGAACUAUAAAACUAAAGCAUGAAAAAACAUAAAAAGACAUCAUUAAACAGAAAAGACAAUGUUUACAAAGAAGUGGGGGAAAUGUGUAAAGUUAAUAAUAAUAAACAUUGGCCAUCUUUUAAUACCUUCAAGAGAUUAGAUCAUUUUGGUGGGGUGUGUAUAACCAUCGACUUAAUAUAUUAAAGUGUAGGUGUAUCCAUAGUCAAGAGUUUAACCAAGGCUCAUAUGAAAAAUAACAAAUGUUUAACAACCUAAAAACACAAAAACUCAGUUUUAACGAGGUAAAAUUUUAUUGUUAGUUUUGUACUUUUUACACUGCUAAUCGUUUAAAAUGUUAGUAAAUAUUGUAACAAAAAAAUUUUAGUUGCUUAAAAUCUCUUGUGUUUGUAAAGUAUUUCUUGUGCAGUUUUGUGUGUAACAUGACUGAGAAUGUUGACUGGUAACCUUUUGUAAGAAUUUCCUUUGUUAUAAAUCAAUAAUGUUAAUCACAAAAAUGAUAUUGUUAAGGUAUAUAUCGCCGUUUGCAAGAAGAAAGGGCGUAAGUUCAUCUAGGCUUAUCAUAUGAACUUACGCCCCCUCAUCUUGCAAACAUAGAUACUCGAUAUGUUUGUACUAGCUGCUAUAGUUCAGUUGUUGUACUUGCAAGUUGUUUGUACCCAUGCUUUGCAACGGAAAGAGGAUGCAAAAGAGAAUAAUGUGGUUCUUAGAUCUGCUGUAUGAAAUAGAUUACACAUCCAUUAUUCAUUUUAGAAACAGAACUUUUGAUUUAAUUUGAAAAGAUUAAAUUAUUUAAUAGUGUAGGCCUACUAAACUUAAAACCCCUACCUGUACUUAAAGUCAAUAAAUCCU